AUGACUGUAGGGGAGCGUGCAUGGCCAAGCUGCUCAACCAUAUUGGUUUUCUACAAUUUCAUUCUUUAUCCUUUCUUUCUAUCGCCCCUUCGAAACCUGCCCAAGGCCAAAGGCUUCAUUCCGCUCAUCGGCCAUACUUGGAUGAGGCUGCGUCAACCGACCGGGCAAGCAUUUCUCGAUACCAUCAAUGAGAUACCCAACAACGGCCUUAUACUGUCCCGAGGCAUCUUGCAUACAGCAAAUCUGAUUGUGACGUCGACGGACGCACUGGCCGACAUCUUGGUACACAGGAGCCACGACUUUGAGAGGCCACCGUUUACGAGAGCACUUAUGAAGAAGUUCAUCGGGAACAGCCUGUUGACAAUUGAAGGCGAAGAGCAUAGACACUUGCGUAAGAGCAUGACACCAGCCUUCCACUUCCGGAAUAUCAAAGGUCUGUAUCCCAUGUUUUGGGCAAAAUCGACCGAGUUCUGCCGUGCACUGAACAAGGAUCUGAGUGAGCAGCCGGAUCGAGUACUAGAGAUUGGGCAUUAUUCUACCCAGGUUACCAUGGACAUGAUAGGCCUGGCAGGCCUGGGUCGCGACAUUGAUUCUUUACAGCAUAGCGAUGAUGAAUUGAUCAAGAUGUACGAAGAGAUUUUCGAACCGACGAAGGAGAAGGUGCUCUAUUUCAUUUGCCAGAUUUCAUUGUCGCCUUGGGUGGUUGACAAGCUGCCAUGGGGACUUAACAAAAAGCUAAAGGUCGGGAUGAGCCGCUUGAAAAAAUUAUGCAGUGAGUUUGUGGCUGAAAAAAAGGCCAAAAUGGAGCUCGAGAGCGCAGGCAGCCAGGGAAGCCGAGAUAUUCUAUCCUUAAUCAUUAGAAGUAAUAAUUUCUCGGACGACAAUCUUGUGGACCACCUUCUUACGAUGUUAGCGGUUGGUCACGAAACGACAUCAUCCACUUUGACAUGGUCGUCGUACCUCUUAUCCCGACACCCUGACGUUCAAAGCCAUCUGCGGUCAGAGAUCCAUGAAUACAUACCAGAUCCAAAGGUGCUCUUGAACUCGGCCUUUGACGUCGCUGGCCUCUUGGAAAGCAUGCCCUGCCUUAACGGCGUGUGCAACGAAGUGCUUCGACUCUUCCCCACGGUUCCUGUAACCACGCGCGUCGCUAUCCACGAUACAACAGUUGCGGGGCACUACAUCCCGACUGGAACAAUGUUUUAUCUUGUUCCGUGGGCGAUAAAUCGCAACCCCGCAAUGUGGGGCCCAGAUGCCGAGGAAUUUAUGCCUGAACGUUGGAUCGAUAAGGAAACUGGACGCGCGACCAUGAAGGGUGGAGCAGAGAGCAACUUUAGUUUCCUGACAUUUUCGCACGGACCAAGAAGUUGUAUUGGCGAGAGGUUUGCGAGGGCUGAGCUGCGGACACUGGUGGCGGCGUUAGUGGGUAGCUUUGCGAUGGAGUUGGCGGACCCGCUGGAAAAAGUCGUCGCAGGUGGUACGAUUACGAGUAAGCCAGUUAACGGGAUGAGGCUGAAGCUGCAGCCAGUGGCAUGGGGCUCUUGCUCUGGAUAG